AUGAGGACAAAUUGUUCCAGCGGCUCAGCCUGCGCUGCCAACAGUUCAGAGGAGAAGCUGCCAGUGGGGUUUCAGGCACCUGGGAACCUGAAACUUGUCUUCACAGUGGUGUUAGCCGUGAUGAUGGCCCUGGUCAUGUUCUCGCUGGGGUGCUCUGUGGAGAUCCGGAAGCUGUGGUCGCACAUCAGGAGACCCUGGGGCAUUGCGGUGGGGCUGCUCUGCCAGUUUGGGCUCAUGCCUCUUAUCGCCUAUCUCCUGGUCAUCAGCUUCUCCCUAGAGCCCAUCAAAGCGAUUGCUGUUCUCAUCAUGGGGUGCUGCCCGGGGGGAACCGUCUCUAACAUCUUCACCUUCUGGGUGGAUGGAGACAUGGAUCUCAGCAUCAGCAUGACAACCUGUUCCACAGUGGCUGCCCUGGGAAUGAUGCCACUCUGCCUUUAUCUCUACACCUUGUCCUGGAAUUUUGAGCAGAAUUUCACCAUUCCAUAUCAGAACAUAGGGAUUUCCCUCCUGUGCCUGACCGUUCCUGUGGCCUUCGGUAUCUAUGUGAAUUACAGGUGCCCCAAACAAUCCAAAACCAUCCUCAAGAUUGGGGCCAUUGUUGGUGGGGUCCUCCUCUUGGUGGUCACAGUUGCUGGUGUGGUGCUGUCGAGAGAAUCUUGGAAUCCAGACAUCUCCCUACUGACCAUCAGUUGCAUCUUUCCUUUGAUUGGCCAUGUCGCGGGCUUUCUGCUGGCACUUCUUACCCACCACUCUUGGCAGAGGUGCAGGACAAUUUCCUUAGAAACUGGAGCCCAGAAUAUUCAGAUGUGCCUCACCAUGCUGCAGCUCUCUUUCACUCCCCAGCAGCUGGUCCAGAUGAUUAGCUUCCCCAUGUCCUAUGGACUCUUCCAGGUGUUGGAUGGAUUUCUCAUUGUUGCAGCAUAUAAGCUGUACAAGAGGAGACUGAAGAAUAAACACAGAAAAAAGACCCCGGGCUGUUCAGAAGGCUGCCGUAACAAGAGCUCCACCUCUCCCCAGGAGACCGGUGCUUUCUUGGAGGUGAAUGAAGAACUCGCUAUAACUCCUGGGACAUCAGAGCCAAUGGAUCCCCCCGUGGCUCUCGAGCCCAUGGGCCCCAUCUCCUCAUGUGCGCAGUAGCGGCUUGCUGGCCCGCCUGGACGCCGGCUACCUCCGCCCGUUAGUAAAGCUGGUGCAGGGCUGAUGUGUGGAUCUCAUUGGCAAGGCCUGUGGGAAUAGCUAUGUUUUUGUGUGGGUUGUAAAUCUUCCCAGGAUCCCUUUUUGCGAAUGUAUUCUGCCUAUUUCAGGGAGUCCUUUGGGGUUUACACCACAUAUUUACUAGUGGCUGUGUUCUUGUCUUCCCAGUGCUAUGUGCAGUCGUCCUCCCUGUGGCUUUUAAUCCCAGGAGAGGAGGGACUCUGUGCAGAGAUGCGAUCUCCUAUUUAGGGCAAGGACAGUCUGAACCCUCUUGGCUUUGGGACGGUUCUUUGGAGCAGUGGGGAGGAAGCAUACAGGUCUUAGAAAACAUGGGGUCUUUUCUCAAAUGAUUGCUAAACCUUAAGGGCUUAGAGUCUUUUUGGAUUCUAACUGUAAUACAGGUUUAGAGGAAAGUUAAUGAACACUUGAGGUUAAAAGGUGAAUGCCCCAUAUUUUCACUCCCCAGUGAUAGGCACAUGGAUAUCCUUCAUGUUUACACAUUAUAUCACUUUAAAAAGACUGGGCUUUUCCCACGUAUACUGUCUAAUAAGUCACUUAAUGACAUAUUAUGGGACACCUUCACACAUCGGUCUGUGUUGAUCUGCCUCACUUUAGAACAAUGGCUUUGUAGAAGCAUUUCACUGCCCGGAAGGACUGACUGAUUUAAAGUUCCCCAUUCAUGGGCAUUUAGAGAGCUUUCAAUUCACUGGCAUUACGAUGCUGCUACACACGCCUGUGCCCUCUGGGGGCAUGUCUGUAGGGUCACUUUCUACAACUUGAAUUGCCAGACUAAUUGUACAGGAAAACGUUGGACUGUGCCCUCCGGCAAUGCUGUGUGCGCAGCGGUGCCGAGCGGGCCUGGGUUCCCAUCGCCCCAGCUAAAGGAUGAUCGGUUUGGAUUUGUGAGAGCAUCUCAUUUAAAGCCGCAUGUAAUCAAUUAUGAGUAAAGUAUUUUUCACUUGCCUACUCAUGUUGUUUGCCUGCUUUUCUAUUUCAUUUUUUCCUUUUUGAUUGGUAAGUUUUAACACAUAUGGAGAGUGACCCUUUGUCCUGUUUUUUCAUCAUUUUACCUGCUCAUUUAUCUUUUGCUCUCUGUAAUGCCUUUUGCUGUACAGUUUUAUAUUUUUUACAUAUUAAGCAGUAUUAGUUUUUUAAAAUAAUGUUUUUGACCUUGAUCUCUGUCCAGUAUUGGAAAUUUAUAUUUUUAUGUGAUUGUGAAUUGUGAAAGGAUUCCUUGUUGAGAAUGUAUUUGGCCCCUUUUCAGGGAGUUCAUUUUGGGUGUUUACUAGGGGCUGUGUGUACUGCCUGGCAUUGUAAAACCAAUCCUCCUCCUCUAUUCUUACAUUAAAAAUAUUUCCCAUAUA